AUGGGAAUAAGACGGGCUAUAGCCUAUAAUUGGGAAAUUCCUGUGCAGUACUUUGUAGAAUGCUGCACUAAUAUCAGGGGUCUUGGUCGUAUUAAAGGUGAAACUUUGAUUUACAUGCAAGCGGGCAGUUGUAUUUUUACCCUUAUUCCAAUCUUUGAGUUCUUUAAUGACAUCACUGUGUUUGAAUUUAAUGACGAUUCCAUAAAGGAACUGGAGAAAUGGAAAAAUUCUCAUGACGACGCCUAUGAUUGGUCUCACGCAUUCAAGUUUAUUGCAGAACUGGAAGGCAAAGGUGAGGAGUGGGAGACAAAACAAGAAACACUUAAAACGUCAAUUAAACGAAUUCUGAAAUGUGAUUUCACCAAAGAAAACCUAACUGACCCAGUAACUCUUCCAAAAGUUGACUGUAUAUAUGUUGGUUGUUUACUGGAACCUAUCUGCAAAGACCGAGAUGAUUAUUUCAGGAGCCUGAAGAAGAUCUCUAUGUGGCUAAAACCAGGUGGUCAUCUGAUAUUAAUAGUUUUUUUUAAUGCUUCAUUUUUCACAAUAGGGGAACACCGCUUCCACCUUCUGAAUCUGGAUGAAGAGUUUUUAAGAAAAGCUCUCAGGGACAUAGGGUGCAGGAUUGAAACCAUGGAGAUGAUGGAAAGGAAAUCAAAACAUGAGGCUGCAUCUUAUGACCACAAAGCACUUUUAAUUGCCGUAAUGCAAUGAGAUGUUUAAAUGCACAUUAACCUGUAUAGCAGUGCACCCUAUCAGUGCUGGGUGAGAUAGAAAUAUAUGUGCAACUGUCCUAACAUUUUGCUAAUCUUGUGUGAGCUUUUAUUACUCUUAUCGGUGACUUUUGGUGGUCAAGAUAAUGUAUUUUUCAGUUCAUCAUAGUAGUUUCCUGAAGAAGAUAGUGAUAGUAAAAAAAAUAUAUAAAAAAUGGAGAAUCUUGGAAAUGUAUUUGAUCUAAAAUUUCACAUCACAAAGAGUAAAAUGAUGCAUUUUGAAGGCAAAAUCUAAAAGCUAAUUAUACACUUUACUGAGAGAAAGGGGACUUGGGAAUUAUUAUUUCAGAUGACAUGAAGGUUGGUAAACAAUGCAGCAGCACAGCAGGUAAAGCCAGUGGGAUUCUGCUUGAAUAGGAGUGAGCAGCAGAAAGUUAAGAUUCUUAAUGUCACUUUAUAGAUCACUAGUGAGGUCUCAUCUUGUGUAUUGUGUAAGUUCUAGUGACUGUAUCUCCAGACAACCAUAAAUAAACUGGAAACUGUACA